AUGCCGUCGACCAUGUCUCUGGCAGGUCGAGCUCCUGCUUUGCUCCGACAUGGUCGGCGAGUCCCAGUGCCCGCCAGCUAUGCUGUCCGGAGCUUCACUUCAGUUUCGACGAAUCUCCUUCCCAGGACGCAGGUUCAGCCAAAGACUUUCGCCCAGAAGAGGAAUUUCCUCACGAGCGCUUCUCGGCUCGCCUCUCCGGCAACCCAGGCCGCCCCGAACCCCCAGGCCUACCUCCAAAGCGGAGUUGUCAAGCCCCGGGAACACGUCGAUGUCAAGAAGGUCUUGGUCAUUGGAAGUGGUGGUCUUGCCAUUGGCCAGGCUGGAGAGUUCGACUAUUCAGGCUCUCAAGCUCUCAAGGCUCUGAAAGAGGCUGGUGUCUCGUCAAUUCUUAUCAACCCUAAUAUCGCAACUAUCCAGACCAACCACUUCAUCGCCGACGAGGUCUACUACCUCCCCGUCACCCCAGAGUAUGUCACCUAUGUCAUCGAGAAGGAGCGUCCCGAUGGAAUCUUCCUGUCAUUUGGUGGACAGACCGCCCUGAACUUGGGUGUCCAGAUGCAGCGACUGGGCAUAUUCGAGAAGUAUGGAGUCAAGGUCCUAGGAACUAGUGUGCGCACCCUCGAGGUCAGCGAGGAUCGAGAUCUUUUCGCGAAGGCGCUAGAGGAGAUCAACAUCCCCAUUGCAAGGUCAAUUGCUGUCAACACAGUUGAAGAGGCUUUGGACGCGGCGCAGAAAAUUGGAUACCCCAUCAUUGUUCGUGCCGCUUACGCCCUAGGUGGUCUGGGAUCUGGUUUCGCCAACAACGAGGAGGAGCUCCGAAAUAUGGCCGCCCGAUCACUUACUCUGUCUCCCCAGAUCUUGGUUGAGAAAUCCCUCAAGGGCUGGAAGGAGGUUGAGUACGAAGUCGUCCGUGAUGCAAACAACAACUGCAUUACUGUUUGCAACAUGGAGAACUUCGACCCCUUGGGUAUUCAUACCGGUGACUCCAUUGUGGUGGCGCCAAGUCAAACCCUCAGCGACGAGGAGUAUCACAUGCUUCGAUCGGCUGCUAUCAAGAUUGUCCGUCAUCUGGGUGUUGUUGGAGAGUGCAAUGUCCAGUAUGCGCUCCAGCCAGAUGGCCUUGACUACCGUGUCAUUGAGGUCAACGCUCGUCUUUCUCGAUCUUCGGCUCUUGCGUCGAAGGCAACCGGAUACCCCUUGGCAUACACUGCUGCCAAGAUCGGUCUGGGCCAUAGCCUACCCGAGCUUCCUAACGCUGUGACAAAGACAACUACUGCCAACUUCGAGCCCUCGCUUGAUUAUAUUGUCACCAAAAUCCCCAGGUGGGAUCUCUCUAAGUUCCAGCAUGUUAAGCGAGACAUUGGUAGUUCGAUGAAGUCUGUCGGAGAAGUCAUGGCUAUUGGCAGGACUUUUGAAGAGUCGUUCCAGAAGGCUAUCCGUCAAGUCGACCCCAAGUUCGUUGGCUUCCAGGGUGACAAGUUUGCGGAUCUAGACUUUGAGCUCCAGAACCCGUCGGACCGCCGCUGGCUCGCCGUUGGCCAAGCUCUUCUUCAUGAAAACUACACUGUUGACAGAGUGCAUGAGUUGACGAAGAUUGACAAGUGGUUCUUGCACAAGCUCAUGAACAUUGUCAAUUGCACCAAGGAAAUGCAAAGUGUCGGAAGCCUAGGCGGACUCAAGAAGGAUCUCGUGACCAAGGCAAAGAAGAUGGGUUUCUCUGAUCGACAAAUUGCCAAUGCAGUUGGCAGCACUGAGGACAAGGUGCGUGCUCUCCGCCUGGAGUAUGGCAUCCGCCCUUGGGUCAAGAAGAUCGAUACUCUGGCUGCUGAGUUCCCUGCCGAUACCAACUACCUCUACACGACAUACAAUGCUUCGUCGCAUGAUGUUACGUUCGAUGACAACGGAACAAUCAUCCUGGGAAGCGGUGUAUACCGUAUUGGUAGCUCAGUCGAGUUCGACUGGUGUGCUGUGAGCGCUACACAAGCCCUUCGCAAUCGAGGACACAAGACAGUAAUGAUAAACUACAACCCAGAGACGUACAGCACAGAUUUCGAUACAGCGGAUAAAUUGUACUUCGAAGAGCUCAGUUACGAGAGGGUGAUGGAUAUUUAUGAGCUUGAGGCCGCGUCAGGUGUUGUGGUCUCUGUGGGCGGCCAGCUCCCCCAGAACAUUGCACUUCGUCUCCAAGAGACUGGUAAAGCUAAUGUUCUCGGCACUGAUCCUAGGGAUAUCGACAAAGCUGAGGAUCGUCAAAAAUUCUCUGCUAUUCUCGACAGCAUUGGUGUGGAUCAACCAGCUUGGAAGGAACUUACCUCCGUGAAGGAUGCCGAGGAAUUUGCUGAGCAAGUCGGUUACCCUGUGCUUGUCCGCCCUAGCUAUGUCCUGUCUGGUGCUGCCAUGACUGUCAUUCGCAGCCAGGAAGACCUCAAGGACAAGCUUGAGGCUGCCAGUAAUGUCUCACCGGAUUAUCCCGUUGUCAUCAGCAAGUUCAUUGAAGGAGCCCAGGAGCUGGAUGUUGAUGCUGUCGCUUCAGGCGGCAAGCUUAUUAUCCAUGCUGUCAGUGAGCACGUUGAGCAGGCCGGUGUUCACUCCGGAGAUGCUACUCUUGUCCUACCACCUGUUAGCUUGGAUGAUACUACUAUGGACCGCGUUAAGGAGAUUGCUGAGAAGGUUGCCAAGGCAUGGAAGAUUACUGGACCCUUCAACAUGCAGAUUAUCAAGGCUGGGGACCCCGAGGGUGGCCUUCCCCUGCUAAAGGUCAUUGAGUGCAACUUGCGUGCUUCUCGAUCAUUCCCCUUCGUCAGCAAGGUUCUGGGCACCAACUUCAUCGACAUCGCAACCAAGGCUCUCAUUGGAGAGGAUGUGCCUGAGCCAACUGAUCUGAUGGCUGUCAAGCGUGACUACGUUGCCACCAAAGUGCCGCAAUUCUCAUGGACCCGUCUUGCUGGUGCCGACCCCUUCCUCGGCGUCGAGAUGGCUAGCACUGGUGAGAUGGCCUGCUUCGGAAAGGAUCUCGUCGAGGCUUACUGGACCUCUCUUCAAUCUGCCAUGAACUUCCGCGUCCCUGAGCCGGGUGAAGGUCUCCUCUUCGGCGGUGAGCUGAAGGAAGAGUGGCUCACCACCAUCGUUGACUACCUUUCUCCCCUCGGCUACAAGCUCUAUGCUGCCGACAACGAGGUGAAGGAGUUCCUGGAGUCCACUGCCAAGGACAAGGUCAGUGUCGAGGUUAUUGAGUUCCCCAAGGAGGACAAGCGUGCUCUCCGGGAGGUCUUCAAGAAGUACGAUAUCCGCGGAGUCUUCAACCUUGCCCAGGCUCGUGGCAAGACUGUGAUGGAUGUUGACUAUGUUAUGCGCCGAAAUGCCGUCGACUUCGGCGUUCCUCUCUUCAUGGAGCCUCAGACCGCCAAGCUCUUUGCCCAGUGCAUGAGCGAGAAGCUCCCCCGCAAGGAGGGCAUCCCCCCUGAGGUCCGCCGGUGGUCCGAGUUCUUGAAGGGCAAGCCCCUGUAG